AUGAAUCGAUACAGUAGAGCACUGUUUAGUAUUUUAAAAAACGACCAAGUCCCACAAUUGACACGAUCACACUUCACAUAUUAUCCAGAUAAAUAUGUUAAAGAUGUGGCAGUUCAAGGUGUUCAAAAAAUGAACAUGUUCCAAGCCAUAAACAGUGCUAUGGAUAAGGCAUUGGAAGAAGAUGAAAGUGCUUUACUGUUUGGUGAGGAUGUUGGAUUUGGGGGAGUAUUUAGAUGUUCGAUAAAUCUUCGUGAUAAGUAUGGAAAAGAUAGAGUUUUCAAUACUCCCUUAUGUGAACAAGGAAUAGCCGGUUUUGCUAUUGGUGUCGCAAACACUGGGGCAACAGCAAUCGCGGAAAUACAAUUUGCGGACUACAUAUUUCCAGCAUUUGAUCAAAUCGUGAAUGAGGCGGCAAAAUAUCGGUAUAGGAGCGGAGGUAUAUUUGAUUGUGGAUCUCUUACAUUCCGUGUUCCUUGUGGAGCUGUUGGCCACGGUGCUCUAUAUCAUAGCCAAAGCCCUGAAGCCUAUUUUGCCCAUACUCCCGGCUUGAAAGUAGUAGUUCCCAGAGGUCCAAUAAAAGCCAAAGGAUUGCUAUUGGCAUGUAUCAAAGAUAAAAACCCAUGUAUAGUCUUCGAACCAAAAACGUUAUAUCGAGCGGCGGUUGAGGAAGUCCCAGUUGGAAGUUAUGUUUCGGAAAUAGGAAAAGCAGACAUCCUUCGCAAAGGUAGCGAUAUUACACUCAUUGGUUGGGGUACACAAGUUCAUGUCCUAUUGGAGGUCGCUGAGAUGGCUAAAAAGGAUCUAAAUGUUGACUGUGAAGUCAUAGAUUUGGUUUCCAUUCUACCGUGGGAUAGAGAGACUAUCGCUAAUUCGGUGAAAAAAACUGGACGUGUUAUCGUGUCCCACGAAGCUCCGUUAACACAGGGAUUCGGCUCAGAAAUUGCUGCAUAUAUUCAAGAUAAGUGUUUCCUCCACUUGGAGGCGCCCGUUAAGCGCGUAACAGGGUGGGAUACACCAUUUCCUCACGUCUUUGAACCUUUUUACUUACCGAACAAACUGAGAUGUCUUUCGGCAAUUAAGGAAUUGAUAAAUUAUUAA